AUGAGUAAAUCCCCCUCCCAUCCUCACUUAACAAGCCUGACAAACAACACCCAGAGUUCCAAGCAAAUGCCCCCACAGGACGGAAAGUCUGGGACCUCAACCUAGUAGACUUCCUCUUCCAGCACGCCAACCCAGCCAUCAUCCAAAGGAACCUCACCGCCGCACUCUCAACCUCCGAAGUAAACGCCUCUCUCUCUGCACCCCUUCAAGCUCUCCUCAAACGUCUCUCCUUCCUUAGUCCCCCCUUGAAACUCGAUGCCUUCUCGGACCCAGAGGAGAUUGUUGUAACAAGAUGGCUGCUCCUUUCGUAUGGGGGUAAGAAUCUUUGGAAUCUGUUUGUAAAGACGGUCAUGAAGCAAAUUGAGAGCGUGGAAGCUACUAUCGGGGGAAAGGGGGAGUUGGAAGACUGCAAGGGAAAGGUGAGGUGGCUGUCGUAUUAUUGGGAGAUAUUGUCUGAGGAUUCCAAUUGUACUAAGUGUGGGGGACCGCUUUUAGAAGGGGAGGAGAGGAGAGGAGGUGUCGAGGUUGGGAUUUCGAAUUUCAAGAAAGGGCAUGGGGAUGGGGCGGAGUCGAGUUUUGAGAUUCUCUUUGGGGAGAUUAGGAGGGUAGUGAAGAUGGUUGAGGAGGUAAGGAAGAAGGAGAAAGGGAGGGUCAAUGCUGCGGUUGCUGAGCGGGAGGAGAAAGCGGGAGAGGACGGCACUGAUACUUCUGACUUGCAACCUCAAGAAGCUGCCUCAACAACUAGAGCGCUUCUUCCCUCUGUAUUGGAAGCAGAAGCUCAAUUUUGCAACGCGGAACCGUCCUUGAGUUCUACCAACGAGGUACCAGAAAACCCCGAGGAGCCAAAAUUAGCCGAGCCCCCUCUUUCCGAGGAGCAGGUAUUCCCCCAACAUCGUUGAGUGCGACGAAACACAACGAUCGCCCCAUGAAUCUUCCGAUGAACCUUAUGAGUUGGACGAACCAGUCGAUACACAAGAUCCACAAUUCUACGAAGCAUCAGAUCACUGGUCAGAAUCGGACCAUGAUUCAGAAGGCUCGGACGAAAUCCCCUGGGCAUCAUUGGAUGAAAACAACUCAAUCAUCGGUCAACAAGCAGAUUCAGUGAUUGAGAUCUGGGAGACAAUUCACAUCUCAGAAGAUGAUGAUGCAGUAGUGACUGUUGAUGAAGUUCCGAGUGAGACAAUGGACUAUGAAAAGGUGAGUGGAACAGAAGGUAAGAAAAAUAUUUCCUUCUUAAUCACUCCACCCUAGGAAAUGUUUUGAAUCCGGCCAAGAGUCCAACUUGGUCUUUCACUCAUCUCAGUUGAUUUUCAAUAUGGAGUCGCAAAACAGGCUUGUCCGAGCUAACCGCCCCCCAGAUGGACUGUUCCCAACCGCACCAGAGCCCCUUUCUAUUAAAACGCCACCCUAUCAACCAAAGUCGGCUGUUUUUCCUGCUGCACCAACACCGAUACCUCAAAAUUCGUCCAAACACCGUGACCGUCCAUCGAGCUCUCAGCCAGGAGGAAAUCACGGUACUCACGUACAACCCCUAAGAGAAAGCAAACCAGACAAGGGCAAAGAACAUGCCUGUGGAUACACCGAUCGAGAAAAGGCAAGACGGCGAGCGGAAGAAGAAGAGGAAGAAAAGCGACGGGUUCUCGCCUGGGAUAGAGCUUUCUUGGAGGGCAAAGCUGCUCGUGAAAAAGCGGCUGCUCACAAAAAUAAGCAACAACACCCUCGUCCUACUGUUCCACCUACUGUCCCAAGUCUACAAAAUGCUCCUCAUCCAAAUCACGAAGUUCGACGACAAGAUUUCUACACCUACCAACAUAGCCAAGGAAAGACAAACGAUCCAAGUCCAGACCCUGGACAACAAGUUCCACCGCAACAAGUCUACCAGGCAAAUCCCAAUGCACAUGCAGUAGUAGCAGGGCACCCAAAAAUUACCAUGGCAUCAUGGCGAACCAAUUUGCCAGGUCCAAACAUACCAGCUCCUAACAAUUUUCAACCGCGAGUGAGUUCCUUCCCUCCCUUCCAUUACGUCAUUAACAAGUUUUGCUAAACAAAGACAGAAAUCCAUCUUGAAGAUAGAAAGGUCCGAAGAGGAGUUCUCGCAAAUGGGUAGAGGACGUCCUAGACGAGAGCCAAAAGAGCAAAAAGAGGUGAACUUCACACGCAGCUCCAAGUAUGAAGAUGGCGGGAGAGAUACGCAUGAGUUUGCGAUACCAAUUGAGAAAAAAGAGCCGCCAGUGGAGCUGUAUGAUUAGGAGAGUAAGGAGUGGAGAGUGAGGAAGAGAGUGUUAUUAUAGAUGGGA